CGUCCGGUGAAGCUGUUCAGACUGCUAGCAGUUUGGCCAUAUCUUCGAGAUUGCUUCAUGUCCCUUUUCCAAAACAGACAUUGUUAGCUGCAGAUGAUGGUGUUGAGGGUGUAGUUCCAGUUCCUGGCUCAGCUGACACAGGCGAAGGUGGCAUUGCAUUAUUUAUCCUGAUUUUGAUUUGUGCGAGGCUUGCUUUGAAGUACUAGAUACAGACCGACUUCCUCCACCACACUCUAGAGAUCAUCCUAUGACAGCAAUUCCAAUUGAAGUGGACUCAAUGAGAGAUGGCAAUGAAUUUCACUUCACGCCGGAUGACAUAAGUAGCACAUUCAAGGUUGCAAAUUUUGAAGACAUGCCAAGACCAAAACCGUGUCAAGCUGCCACAACAACACACAAAAUCAGUUAAUUCUAAAACAAACUUUUCAGCUAAGUAAGUUACAGUGGUGAAAGUUUUUCUUACAGUAGAGUUUUCAAAAUGAAGAGAAUUGAGAAGGGGACCACAAGUUGGAUAUGGACAAAAUUCAAAACCUCUCCACUGCACAGCAGACCUCCACUACUCUGAGGAAACACAGCAGCACAGCAGAGAGGAGGAGUCAUAUAUAAAAAGCAAUCACUAUUCAUAAAAAACCCUAAGUUUUGGAUAGCCGCCGCUGUUCACCUAUAGGGAAGAGAGGAUUCUGAAAAAAAACACAAAAGCGUUGUUACUGUUCACUAAGAGAAAGAGGAGUCGACGGCAAGAAGAAAAGAAAGCCAUAGUUUUUCUUGGUGGUGAAGAGCGGACGAGAAGAUCAAAACCGGUUCAGGUAAAACGCUUACUCACAUUCGUCGGUCGAGCUCGCCGCAACCGGUUAGCUUCCUUUCCGAGCUUUAUUUCCAUAUUUCGAUUAUGCUUUGAAUUCCAUGUUUGAUUUAGCAACACCGUUGCCUGUUUGUUUGUGAUGUUAACUUGCUGUUAAGAUUUUGAUUUUCAAAAAUGGAAAGAAAACUGAGCUUUGGAUCGUUACUGUUUUCAACAUGAGUUUUGUUAUUCGUAGUCACUGUUUUCAACAUGAGUUCUGUUAUUCGUAGUUACUGUUUUCCAACUUUUGUGUUUUAUUUAAAAGGUUUGGUGCAUCUGAUGUCGAUUUGGUUGAGUUGGUAAAGAUGUUGUUUGUUAAACCUUAAGUUCUGGGUUCAAUCCUUGGUUUUCAGCAUUUUUUAUUUUUAACAUAUUUUUUAUUUUCUACUAGUUUUUAUUAUUAUUAUCAUUUUUUAUUAUUUUAAACCUUUUAUUUAUUUUUUUAUUUUUAUUUUUUCUCCCUUUUGUAAACACUUGUUGAUUUUAAUGUUAAACAUCGAUUUGUAAUUUAUGGAUUUGACAAUUUUCUUGUUAUUUAUCCAUGAAUAUUUUUAUCGAUAUAUUGAUAGUAUUUCACCGCGUUUCGAUUAAUCGCAUAUGACAUUUCAAUUGUUGUCAACAUGUGCAAACCGGCUUUGAGCACAUUAUUUAGGUUUUGUGUGUUCCUCAAUUUCCAUCCGUGCAAAUCCCGAUUUUAUCUUUCUUUGAUUUAACUUUUAAGUGUUUUGUAAAUAUAAUUUGUUGUGUUAUUUAUUUUCUUCACAUGGCUUACUCUUGGGCUUUCUUACAAUGAGCUCUUAAGUAACAUCAACUUAACCUUCAAUAAUUUCAAACCUCGGUACUUUAAUUGUUUUAACUUAAUAUUCAAAUCAUUUUCUAAAUAAAACGUGAAGAAAAAGAUUACCUGGAUGGAAUGUCCAGUCGUAAUCCCGAAUAUUAGGCUCAAGCUGUAAGAGCUUGCAAGCCGUUAAUAUUUGUCUUCUCUUUAAUACUCAAAUAUUCAAAAUCAUUUUCUAAACGAAAGUUGGAAGAAAAAGAUUACCUGGAUGGAAUGUCCAGUCGUAAUCCCGAAUAUUAGGCUCAAGCUGUAAGAGCUUGCAAGCCGUUAAUAUUCGUCUUCUCUUUAACACUCAAAUAUUCAAAUCAUUUUUCUAAAUAAAACAUGAAGAAAAAGAUUAUCCUGGAGGGAAGAUCCAGUCAUAAUCCCGAAUAUUAGGCUCAAGCUGUAAGAGCUUGCAAGCCAUAAAUAUUCGUCUUCUCUUUCACACCCCAAGAUUCAAAACCUCUUCUUAAUAAAGUUGGAAGAAAAAGAUUACCUGGAGGGAAUAUCCAGUCGUAAUCCCGAAUAUUAGGCUCAAGCUGUAAGAGCUUGCAAGCCAUAAAUAUUCGUCUUCCCUCCAAAACAUUUAUAAAUAUUCGAAUCAUUUUCUUGGCAAUAUUGGAAAGAAACAGACUGCCUGGGUGGAAUGUCCAAACGUAGUCCCGAGUAUUAGACCCAAGCUGUAAGAGCUUGUAGGUCACAAGUACUCGUCUUUCAAACUUCAAAAUACCUAAUUCCUAACUUAAUACUUUUUCAAUAAAGAUGGAAAUGGAACAUGGCGUAUGCCGUGCACUCCUGAGACUAGGAUUCGAGAUGUAUAUCUCGCUCAUCCAAGUUCUCGCCAUCACUCAAAACACAUCAAAUCCAUCAAUUUCUUUCCUCGCCGCCGUGCGAUUGAUCUCUUAAACCUUUUCACAAAUGAAAGGUACUUUGUUUCAAAAUAAUGCAAGGCAAUGUUUCUCCACCUGUUUUGGGUAGUCCAACAAUGUUUUCGUCGAUUUGACACAAAGUAGCUUUCACUAAAAUCGACCCACAAACAAACAUUUUUCUACCCAGAACUACGUAAGCCUUGAUUUCUCUUUUGAGAUACGUAGGAGCAGGAUUUGUAAAUCUUGUCAGGCCCACUAAUAAAAAACUUAGGUUCAGUCCUUCGUCAAAAAUCCAAAAACAUUCUCUUCUCAUCCUUUCUUUCUUUCCCACCUAAUAAUUCGAAAAGCCUAAUAUUUCAAACUAACAUUAACGCACACAACUGACCUAAUGGUUCCCGUUGAGUACAACGGACGUGAGGGGUGCUAAUACCUUCCCCUUGCGUAAUCGACUCCCGAACCCUGAUAUUGGUUGCGAUGACCAUAUCUUAUCCUUUCAUUUGUCUUGGGUUUUAUCGAUAUUUCCCCUUUCCUUUUUAGGAAUAAAUAAAGUUCGGUGGCGACUCUGUUCAGUCCAUCAUUGCGAGCGUGCGAUCGCGCUUCGCUUUGUAGUCGUAUCCCCAUUUUUUUCGAGGUGCGACAGAUGGCGACUCUGCUGGGGAUAGACAAAUACCUAAGUAAGUCAAGCCUAGUUGGGUCAUUUGUGUGCCUUUGUUUGUUUACCUAUGUGGCUUUUCUUUUUUGUUUUUACUAUCUCUAUUGUCAUAUUGAUAUGAAUCUGUUGUAUUGGUUCGAUCAUGGUUUGGUACUUGGAUACUCUGAUUGCAAACCUUGUGGGAAAGACUUUUUACCCGAGUCUCGAGUAAAAACAUAAGAUAGGACGAGGUUGAGUAGUACGGGUCCGCGAGAUGUAUUUCUCGUUGGGUCGGUACGAGAACCUUACUUAGAGUAGAUUCUUGAGAGGAUGUUGUCGCUCGGCAAGUAAGUUGCCGUAAGCUUCGAUAUUUUCUUUAGGAUCCAUGACUCUGAGAACCAUUUGUAGAACCUUAGUUCUUUGCCCUACUAGGAAAGAUGGUUGCGUAGUGUGGGUCUGCGAGAUGUAUUUCUCGUUAGAUUGAUGCGAGAACCUCACUUAGAGUAGAUUCUUUAGAUGGAGUUGAUGUCCGGCAAGUAAGUUGCCGCAGGUAGCAAACAGUCUAAUGGAUCCAUGACUCUAGGAACUUUUAUAAAAAAAAACUUAGACCAUACCUGGUGAGAACCAUGUUCUAUACAAAGCAAUCAGACUUAUCCAUACCUCGAACCUUUGAACCUGUACCAAAAAAAAACAUUGCAUCCAUCCAUUCAUUGCAUACGCAUAAAAAAAAACAAAAUGCAUCCAUACAUGCAUUCAUACAUUUUCCAAAAAAAAAAAGAGUCUCAUUCCGCCCUUUCUUCCACCAGUUUCACGCUGAAUUUUCAACAUCAGUAUAAUACUCGCGCCAGAGCAAGACAGAGAAUGGCUGAACAAGAACAAGAGAGCGCCCGAGUUAGAGCUGAACUAGACGAAAUCAAAGGAGGCAUGUCCCAGAUGCGAGAGAUGCUGCAAGCUUUAACCUUCAGGUUUGAGAUUCCACAAGCAACCGUGAUUUCAGAGACCACGGGCCCAGCAGUGGAAGUCCCACCUCAAAGGACAUUACCCUCAACCCUUCCUCUGUAUGGGCUACCCUAUGACUUUGUCCCCCGAGCGGAGGUGGUGCACGAAAUGGGGCAAUCUGUCCAAUAAGCUGUGCCAUUACCAGUUUACACCGACGCACGUCCAGUCAUCCAUACUGUGGUUCCACCAACCGCCUAUGCUAGGCAUGUUCCUCAUUAUGAAGAUCAAAACCACAUGUAUCAGACUGUUGACUCAACCGUUGCUGGUGACGAAGUGAGGUUUGAAGAUUUCAGGGAGGUAAAGGAGAACAUGCAGCUCCUUGAGAAGAAAUUUCGAGAUCUAGAAGGAGACCACGUCUUUGGAUCUGCUGCCAAAGAAAUGUGCCUUGUAUCCGGGUUGGUGAUUCCAGCAAAAUUCAAAACCCCAGACUUCGACAAAUACAAGGGGCAUACUUGUCCAAAAAGCCAUCUCAUCAUGUAUUACCGCAAAAUGGCUGCACACGUGGAGGAUGACAAGCCGAUGAUCCACUGCUUUUAGGAUAGCUUGAGUGGGGCUCCUUCCAAGUGGUAUUUAAGUCUGGAUCAGAACAGGAUCAGGUGUUUCCAAGACCUAUCAGACGCGUUCAUAAAGCACUAUAAAUACAACAUGGACAUGGCGCCUGACAGAAGACAGUUGCAGAGCAUGUUCCAACAUGACAAGGAAUCCUUCAAGGAGUAUGCUCAAAGAUGGAGGGAGUUGGCUUCUCAAGUUGAGCCACCUCUUGCUGAAAAGGAAUUGGCCGAACUGUUCAUCGAUACUGUCCAACCCCAAUUCUACGAGAAGAUGGUUGGAAGUGCUUCUUUGGGAUUCUCCGAGCUUGUUGCUAUAGGAGCUCGCGUUGAAUAUGGUGUGAGGAAUGGAAAAUUGGCGGCUGUAGCUGGAACUUCAAAUGCUAAUCCAAAGAAGUUCUCUGGAGGGUUUCCUAGAAAGAAGGAAGGGGAAACAAAUGUUGUGACUGCUGGUCAAGGAAGAGCUCUUCCAAGAAGGAGACCACAAUAAUAUCCACCUCAGCAGUAUGUUCAACAACCGAUUCCCUAUCAACAACCCAUGUAUCCAGUCCAGUACGCUCCUCAGCCGUACGUAGCUGCUGUGACGCCUGCAUUCAAUCAACAGCCUGCUCAGGCUUAUCAAGCGCCUCCAGCUUACCGACCAGCUCCAAUUCAACAACGUGCCGUGGCUCCGCCAGCUUAUCAACAAGCACCGGCAGCUCCUGUUUAUCAACAACCGAGAGCUCAAGCGCCGAGGCAGAAUGCUCAGAACCAAAAUAGGAGACAAGGGGAGAGGGUGACCUUCAAUCCAAUUCCAAUGUCCUACACUGAGCUUUAUCCCUCCUUGUUGCAAAAGGGUUUGGUGGUUCCCAGACCUAUGGGACCUCCACCUGAUCGUCUGCCUCUGUGGUACAACCCUAAUGCACACUGUCCUUUUCACGAAGGUGCCCCCGGGCAUGACCUAGAGGGUUGUUACGCUCUGAAGCAUAGGGUUCGGGAAUUGAUUGAGAGCAAGAUCUUGUCUUUUAAGGACAUGGGACCGAAUGUGAAGAACAAUCCUCUUCCUCCCCAUGGAGAUCCUGCGGUAAACGCCAUUGAAGACGUUUAUGUUGGUGUUACGGUUGAUAAGGUGGAGGAUGUUAAGACUCCUUUGGCAGCAUUCCAUGCCCGAUUGGUGGAAGCUGGCCUGGUUAAUGUUGAUCAUGACAACUGUAAAGAGUGUGCCACACACCCAAAGGGAUGUCAGGUGGUACGAGACAACAUUCAAGAUCUGAUGGAUAAAGGAGUGCUUCAAGUCUCCAGUGUUGCAAAGAACGAAGACGUGUUGGUAAUUGAACCUUGUUUCAAUUUACCUGAACCGGUCGAGAUCCCAUAUUAUAGUGGUGGAGUGGUUCCAGUGAAUAGUGAGUUGUCGCCUAUCGAGAUAUGUAUGCCCGCGCCUUUUCCAUAUGAGAGCACCAAGGCCGUGCCUUGGAAAUAUGAGAUUACUGCUGUGGAUAAGGUUGUGGAAGGAAGUUCAGACGCUGAGGUGACAAAAGCUGUAAGUGAAGACGUCACCAAUAUUGCAGGGAUGAGCAGAAUGACCCGUAGUGGUCGAGUCUAUGCGCCCGAAUUCAAUGUAACUCCUCAAGGGCCAAACAAGGGAUCAACAGUUGUAGCUCCCACUAAAGAACCCGAAGUGGUUCAAUCCGAAGAUGCUGUUGAAUUCUUGAAGUUGAUCAAGAGAAGUGACUACAAGGUUGUGGAUCAGCUGCAUCAAACGCCAUCUAAAAUCUCUAUUCUAUCUCUGUUAUUGAACUCCCAAGCCCAUAGGGAAGCUUUGUUGAAGGUGCUUGCACAAGCUCAUGUAACACAAAGCAUAACGGUAGACCAGUUUGAUGGGGUAGUUGCAAAUAUCACAGCCUGCAAUACUUUGAGCUUCAGUGGAGAGGAGUUACCUGAGGAUGGACAAAAUCACAAUCGUGUGUAGCACCUCAAAUUUGCACCUAUCAUUGUACAUACAUUCUCAUAUUAGGUCAUAACAUAUCAUGGUCCACUGCAUAGCAUUGCAUUGUCCCAUUUGCCUCAAGUGCAAGCCAAUCAAGAAAUUAGGUCAAACUGAUCAGGAGAUCAGUCAACCAAGCAAGCAAGGGUGUUUCUCAAGGAGCCAAGGCCCUAGGGUUGGUCCAACAUGUUCACAUGACUUGGGGGUCCAUUUGAAGUGCUUAAGUCAAAGAUUGGAGGCUCAGAGGUCAUCAGUCCAUGCACAGUCAGUCAGAAACCCUAGAAAGUCAAACUUGGUCAACUGUGGAUGAUUUUAUGGUUUUGAUGGAUGGAUUUGGUUUGAGAGAGCUUAUUCAUGUCCCAAUAGGCCUCAUGUAUCAUGGCAAACAAUAUCAUUGAAGAAUUUGAAGCCAAUCAGAAAAUUUCCAAAAAUAGAAACUGGACCUGUAAUUGGAAUUUGCCAAAACUGGAAACUUCUUGAUCCCAAACUUACAUCAUGAUACAAGCUUCAAAUGAAUUUUUGCCCAACAUGAAAGUUGAAGAUCUUGUUCUCCCAUUUCCAAAAAGUCCAAGAACUCUCAAUUCCCAUGUAUGGUUGUCAAGAUAUGAUCAAUUCAUUUUCACAAAAUCUUGAACUUCAAAAGGCCAUAUCUCUCAAACCAUUUGGCCAAAAUUGGUGAGGUUUUUUCCAACAAACCACAUUUAACCUCCUCUUUCCAAAAAUAUAAAUUUCAUGUGCCAAAACAUUGCCAAUCAAAAUGGCACUUUUGAACCUAGCAUGUUUAAUUUCAAGUGAGGUGCAAUUUUGACUUUUUGAAUUAAGUGAUUUCCAUCCAAAUGGCCAAUUGGAAUUAGUUCAGAAUGUUAUUUAUGACCUGUGCAAGGCCCAUUUCGAGCUCAUACUACCAUCAUACCUCCAUUUGGACCAAACUUGGCAAAUUAGCAAAUGGUGUCAAUUGAACAAAACUUGAUUAGCAUUGCAUUAAGAGAGUUAAAACAGAAGUAUAAAAUCACUUUUUCUGUGAAUUGGAACCCUAGCAGCAGCCUUUACACACAGAAUUCUCUCAUUCUCUCUCAAUUUCCAUUUUCCACAUUUUGCAAUUUCUGCUCAAACUUCCAAAGAGCCCGAGUAUCCCUUCAUUGUUUCAUCAUCUGACCAUCAUUGAGAGUUGUUUUGAAGCACCAUUCACCCACUGUAGCAGCCUCCUCGUGUUCUGUUUUUCAAAGCACACUUCCAUGGCAAAUUGUGAUUGGAGCAUCUUCAAGCCUUGCUGAGCUAAAGUAUCUCAACCAUUCACCUCCUAGGACCCGCGUGUGCAUCUGUUUGAAGCAUUUGUGGCCAAAGAAACACUGAAUCAUCACUGAGCUUCAUUUUUGGUACCAUUAGUUGCUUAGAACUUGCUUUGCUUUGCUAUUUAGCAAUUUGCUUUGAGGAUUGUUGAUCACCGUCCACGCCGCGACCAGACUCAAUCAUCAAAGAAGUAUGGAUCAGGUUCAGACUGAGUUGGCUGAGAUGAGGGCGAACAUGGCCCAGUUCAUGACAAUGAUGCAAGGAGUUGUUCAGGGGCAAGAGGAGCUGCGUGCCUUAGCCCAGAGACUGGAAGCUGUGAUUCCACCAGUCCACCGUGCUCCACCAGUGGAUGUACCUGUUCAUGAGAAUGCUGCUGUCACUAUUCUCGUCAAUGAUUAUGCCGUGGGUGAUGAAUUGAAGGGGAUCAGAAUUAGUGAACAGCCUCUUGCUGCAGAGACUGUUAAUGUCAGAGCAACCCGCGCUCCGGUUCGCCAUCCUGGCUUUUCAAGUUCUUCCGGUUCUAAGAAGACAUUCUCUGGGGCACCCAAAAGGGGAGAAAGUGAAACAAAUGUUGUGCACCGUCGGAGGAGUGCAAACAGAGGACAGUUUCGUCAGGCUGCUGUUGUGACUAUUCCAGCAACUCAACCUCAACAACAGCAGAGAAGACCAGUUCAGCAAUAUCAGCAUCAACAACCUCGUCCUCAACAGCAGGUUUACCAGCCUCACAACGGUAAUCAAGCCAGUACAAGUAAUGAGAGGAAGAAGAUCACUUUUGAUCCAAUCCCCAUGUCCUACGCCGAACUGUAUCCCUCUCUGUUAGAGCGGAACUUGAUUACACCCAGAGAACCGCCGCCCAUACCUGUCAACCCUCGGUGGUGGUAUAGGCCUGAACAGCAUUGUGUGUAUCAUUCGGGUGCUCCUGGUCAUGAUGUGGAUAGUUGUUUCCAGCUGAAGAUGAAGGUUCAAGACCUUGUGAGGUCAGGUAUUCUGAUUUUGGAAGACUUAGGUCCCAAUGCUAAUCAAGCUUGAAGCUCACAAGUCCUGGGUUGGCGCCGACUUUUUCUUCAGAAGGGUUGUUCAGAAAGCAGAAGCUGCUGAUGCAAAGGAUACUGACAGUUGUCAUCCCCGGCGGGAUCUAUCACAAUUGGGUCACUGUGGGCGUUCCUACAGUUGUUCAUAAGUCAGAGUAGUAAUCACUUUGUUUAAAAACCCUUCUCCCAUGCCAAAAGGAGAAGUGAUGGCAUUGUUGGCAACAUUUUGUGCAAUGAUAUUUUCAUUCAAAUAAAUUCAUGUUAAA